AUGGCGUCUAAAAUAAUUGUCAUUGGAAAUGUGAACUGCGAGCUACGAGAAGUCUUCACCAAGCUCGCCAAACUCCAAGCUAAACAAAACUUUGCCUUUGCAGUCAUUGCCGGUGAUCUCUUUGGCGACUGCACGACAGAGAAAGAGCUUGAUGAAGUCAGUGCAUUGCUACAGGAAUCUAUUGUCGUCCCCCUUCCAACCUACUUUGGCCUCGGGAGCAGACCACUUCCGACGCGGGUGGUGGAGAGGAUAGAGGCAAAGGAUGAGGUGUGCUCUAACCUGUAUUUCCUGGGGAAACGCGGAACCCUGAAGACAUCAGAGGGAAUCAGACUCGUGUCUCUUGGUGGGACGCUGGAGAAUGGAAAACAGAGCAACAGAUUUCACCCGGGGUAUACAGAUGCAGACGUGCGGGCUCUUUAUGGUACAAAUAGUGCGGAUAUCCUAAUCACGCACCAAUGGCCGAAGGGAAUCCGAACAGGAUCCAAAGUCCAGCUUCCAGACGGUGUCACUACUACUGAAGAGACACAACCUCUUGCAGACCUCUGCUCAACCCUGAAACCACGCUAUCACAUCUCAACUUCUGACGACUUGUUUUACGAACGUGAACCCUUCUUCCACAUGCCCAGUGAAGAACAACCCGACGAAAAACCCCUAACCCGCUUCCUCAGCUUAGCAUCCUACAACAACCCCUCGAAGAAAAAAUGGAUGUACGCCUUCACUAUCGACCCUAAGGCACCCCAUCCACUCACCGUGCCCACGGGUGCAACGGCCUCCCCGCUAGGCCCCGUGCAAACCAAGCGCAAAGGCCUCGCAAGCCAGCGUGAAUCGUACCACCGCUUCGCAGGCCCCGAAGACUACGAGCGCCCCCGCAAACGCACGCGCGGACCACCACCAGGGCCCCAGGAGUGCUUCUUCUGUCUAUCUAACCCGAAUAUCGCAACACAUCUCAUCACCUCCAUCGGGAACGAAUGCUACCUCACCACCGCCAAAGGGCCGUUACCAUCCGCUAAGACGUUCCCUGAACUCGGAUUCCCAUCACAUGUCCUCAUUAUUCCCUUCACGCACACGCCUACUCUCAACACAGUCACAGAUAAGGAAGCCCGUCUAUCCAGCUACACUGAGAUGCAGCGCUACCGCACCUCUUUGCAUUCAAUGCUCAAGCAACGCGCGAACAACCAACUAGGCGCGGUGACAUUCGAAGUCAGCCGCGGAAACGGCGUCCACAUCCACUGGCAAUUCGUCCCUAUCGCAUCCGAUACGAUCACGCGCGGACUCGUUGAGGCAGCAUUCAAAGUCGAGGCGGAGAAUCUAAGCUAUCCCAAAUUCGAACCCCCGUCUGAGGCUGCACGUGAAGACCCAAGUGCUGAACCCGGUGAUUUCUUCCGCGUCUGGAUUUGGGCCCCAUCAUCAUCUUCUGGAGGGGAACAGAAAGAAGAUACUAAACCAGAAGAAGAAUGCAUUAUCCUCCCCCUAACUCCCGACUUCCGCUUCGACCUCCAAUUCGGCCGGAGAGUCUUGGCUAAGUUGAUGGGUUUGGAAAAGCGAAUCCAUUGGAAAGACGCCGUGCAGUCGCAGACUGAAGAAGAGGCUGAUGCGAAUGCGUUCAAGGAGGCAUUUAAGGAAUUCGACUUCUCGCUGGAGUGA